CCAAGUCGAGUUCCUCCGACACGCAACCAGUCAGAUAUUGCAACUGACACGGGAUUCAACCGGUAAAACUGUGCCGACUUUGUCAAAAAUCAAGUCUAAAAUUCGCAUAUUUCUUCUUUUUAUUAUAUUUUAUUUUAUUUGAGUUCUUACUCAAUCUGUGAUUUAAGUUAGGCGCGUUGUUUCAAGUUAUUGGUGAGAUUUUAACAGAAUAAAUUAAUAAAAAAAAAAAAAUUGUCAUUUCUUCUAAAAUCGGUUCUGGAACACGUUAGGUCAACUUAAACUUGUGCAACAGGUCACACCAAACUGAUGGUUAAAAAUCAGUUAAAUAAUAAUAACUUUAAGCUGAAAUAAUUUGAAAUCAAUCAACAUACGCGACGUUUAUUUAAUACUUACAUACGACUCUUGGAAUAAAUGUUUAUACCACGAGCUUUAUUAAUUUAAUGUCCCAUCAAAUGAAGAAAAUAGCAUCUUUUUGAGAAAAUAACCGACGAGAUUCGAUAUCAAUACAAACAAAGAUUCGAAUGACAUUAGUUUAACGAUCUCUAUCAUUCGAUACCCGAAUACGCAUAAACGUAUAGAUCCAUACUCCCUCUUCGACACCUUCCAUUGGAAGAGAAGAAAGAGCCCUCGAUCUCCUGCAAGAGAAGCGGAUCUCCCAGUUCACGUUCAAGUUGUCCUCUCACACCGAUCGACACGUACGGAACCGCGACAUCAGUACUGAUGUAACGAGGGAGGACACGAGAGUUAACUUCCAGGGAUGGAAUUUCACCUUAUCAAAAAAAUAAUUCUUUGAUCCUUCGAGCCAGCAUUUUCCUUUUCUUCAUUCACUUGAUCCAUUAUUUUUAUAUUUAUUUAUAUUUUCAUCUCAAGCCGGUCUCACUACCUUUUUUUCUUUUUUGAAAAGAAGUAUUACUACCGAGUGAUAAAAUAACACAACAGUAACAGUAACAGUAACAGUGAUCCGGGUGAUUGAAUAAAGUCACGGAAUAAAUGAAUAAAGAGGAUUUUUUUGUUCGGGAGCCAGCCAGCGGUGCAAUUCUUCUAUAAGAGAGUAAUCGUAUACCAGAAGAAUGAUCCAAAUUGAAUGAGGGUAAUUCAAUUCACUUGUGUAUUUGUGGCGAGGAUAUACUGAUAAAUGUAUUGACUAUUUUCCGUCCGAUUUAUCAACGCACUUUCAACGAUUGUUUAGUGACCGUUGAAAUAAAUAAAAAAUAAAGUUAACUCAACUCUAGAGUCUCGAGUGUCGGAUUUAAUGGUUAAAGUUACCGAUUAAGAAAAAACUAUUAUAGUUACUAUUUAUUAAUAAAAUAAAUAAAAUACUCGUUUGUUUAUUUAAUAAAAUAUAAAAAUAAAAAUAUCAUUACGAUUGCAAGUUCAAGUUUGCGUGUAAUCUGCAAAUAAAUGUAGGUCAUCAUAAAAGUAUUUAUAUUUGUAUUACAUAAAAUAAAAUUUAGUUAAGCUUUGAAAAAAGCGUUAGAUAUUUCUUCUUCUUCUUUUUUUUUUUUUUUUUUUUUUUUUUUUUUAUUAUAUUUCUUCAGCUUCCCCGAUUUACUCUAAAUCCAGUGUAUACAUUCAUGAAAUAAAAUUUAUCUGGCAGUGACAUUGAACAGCAAAAAAAUAACACAAAAUGAUAACAAAAUUUAUUAAAGAACAAAAGUCAUGUUUUAUUGUGUUAAAUCGAUAGUAGUGAAGAGAAAAAAUGUUAAAAGAAGAAAUAGGGUUGUAGGAUGAUUGAAAACGGAAAGACUUGGGUAGGUAGUGCACGUGAGGAUGAUGAUCGCUUUAAAAUAGAUUCGUUUAUGUUCGAAAAGAAAAAUAUUAAGACUGAGACUGGUAUUGAGAGUGUUGCUGUGGAUAUUGACAUUGAUAUUGGCAGUGAUUUUGAGUGGGUAUCCUCGAUGCGAUUCAGUGACAAUUACACGAAUUCAUUGACGGGAAUGCUGACGGCAAGUGUUGAGGCGAGUUUUAAUCAGUCGACCACGGAGAGAAGAGACGCGCUUUAUGUCGUUAUACCGGUAACCAUUAUUUAUGCAAUUAUUUUCUUAACCGGUCUGGUAGGCAAUGUCUCGACAUGUGUUGUUAUUGCGCGAAACCGCUCGAUGCAUACGGCCACUAAUUACUAUUUAUUCAGCCUUGCGAUUUCCGAUUUGCUGCUACUUGUUUCGGGAUUACCGCCGGAGAUGUAUUAUAUCUGGUCCCACUUUCCAUAUAUCUUUGGAGAGUCUUUUUGUAUGAUCCAGAGCUUCGCUGCUGAAACAUCUGCUAAUGCAACUGUACUUACUAUUACGGCGUUUACUGUUGAGAGAUACGUAGCAAUUUGUCAUCCUUUCCUGUCGCACACAAUGUCCAAACUUUCACGGGCUGUCAAAUACGUAGUCGCGAUUUGGCUUCUUGCCCUGUGUUUGGCCAUACCGCAGGCCAUUCAAUUUGGGGUGGUUUAUUCACAAGAGAUGAAUGGGACGAUGAUAAUGGAUACGGCAAUGUGUUCCGUCAAGUGGGUAAUAAUUGAACACGCUUUUGAAAUAUCAACUAUUUUAUUGUUCGUCGGGCCGAUGACUAUAAUCACCGUGCUAUACAUACUCAUUGGCAUCAAGUUGAGACAUUCCAGAGUGCUUACCACUAUCAAGAGAAAUCCUUUUCCCGGCUGUCUUAAUCACGGCGAUAGUGGCAGAUCACGAGGCCUAGCUCAGCGUAAUGUCAUAAGGAUGCUUGUUGCUGUUGUGGUCGCAUUUUUUAUCUGCUGGGCACCGUUCCACGCGCAAAGAUUGCUAGCAGUUUAUGCCCAAAGUACCGGGAAUGAACCUCACGCUGCCUUAGUUACUGUCUAUACAGUAUUGACAUAUAUAUCAGGAAUAUUUUACUACCUUUCGACGACUGUUAACCCGCUGUUGUACAACAUAAUGUCCAAUAAAUUCCGCGAGGCAUUCAAGACCAUGCUGGCGGAUCAUUGCCGUGCUGGAAGAUCAUUACAAAAUCGCAGCCCCCAGUUACGAGCUUACAGCAGCCUUUCAAGACAUCAAAAGUCAACAUUAAGAAGACGCGAACCCCAUUCAUCCUCAUCCGCAAGCGAUGAUACUCACCAGCUAGCUCCGCUGACACGACACAAUAAUCAGGGGCAAAUAAUGAUGGAGCACUAUAUUGAUAAUAUUAGUCCGUCAAAUAAUUCUGCGGGCAAAGUAAUUAAUUGGCGGACGAAAAAAAAUUUUAAUAAAAAUAAUAAUAAUAAUAAUAAUAAUAAUAAAUUUACGUCGAGGUCACGGCCAGGAGAAAUAACUUUAGUUACGUCUCUGGCGAAAGGUUUCAACGACAGCUGUAAUAAUAAUGGAGGGAUUUCUCAUGCUAUCAAUAGAUGUUUCAGCAAGGACGAAAAAGCUAUUAAACCGGUGACAAUUGGUAUUUUUCCUGAUGGUAAAAAAGCCGAAGCUAAUGGUCUAUUUCUUCAGUGUAAUAAUGAAGAGAUUAAGCAAAAGUUUAUGGUAGAAAACGAACUCGUAUCAUCGAGUCAUCAGGGUAAUAAAAUUCAAAGUCAUACGAGCAUUGAUAGUUCGAGUACUUUAAGUAAUUCAAGCCUUAAAGAUCUGGAUAAAACGGAAUUCAAGGGGAGUGAGCUUGCAAGGUAUAUGAGCGUAUUGAAUUUUGAUCCUGUUACUUGAUCGAAGGUACUACUGGAUUGAUGGUAAAAAAUAGGUUUAUAAAUGUGUAGAUAGAUAAAUGAUAAAAAAAAGAUAGUACUGUAUACUGUAUAUCUGGAAAUAUGACACAAAUAUCUGUAUCAACGAUACUUUAAAAAUUGUAUAUGAUUGAUACAUGUGAUAAUUGAGAUUGAUCAUGGUACACUGAUUUGAAUAUUUUA